GAAUCUGUCUCUGGCGUCUGUGUCUGACAGGGGGUAAUAUUUAUUGAUAUCCCCGGCCGCUGCCCGCCUGUGCGCGGCUCUCGGAGCGGACCCCGCUGGAGCCGUUUCCCCCGCCGGUGGUGAUGGAGCCGCGGGCGCGCUGAAGCCGCCGCAGCCGCCGCGACGCACAAAAGCCAGGGCUGGGGAUGAGACGGUGAAGGAGGAGGAGGAGGAGGAGGCUCCUUGCAUGGGCUAGCCCCGCGGUGGUCAAACUAACUCGCCCUAUAACGAUGUCGAAGAGCCUCAAGAAGAAGAACCACUGGACCAACAAAGUCCACGAAGCGGUGAUCAGUCGCGGGAGGGACGGGGAGCUGGGCUGCGAGCUGCGGGGCGGCGCGGAGCACGGACAGUUCCCCCACUUCGGCGAGGUGAAGCAGGGCAAGGGGCUGAUCCAGAGCGGAAAACUGGCCCAGGAUGAACUGCUGCUGGAGGUCAACGACAUGCCGGUGGCCGGGCUCACCACCCGGGACGUGCUGGCCGUGAUCAAGCACUGCAAAGACCCGGUCCGCUUCAAAUGUGUCAAGCAAGGGGGAGUGGUUGACAAAGAUUUGCGGCACUACCUGAACCUGCGCUUCUCCAAGGGCUCGGUGGACCACGACCACCAGCAGAUCAUCAGAGACAACCUCUACCUUCGCACCGUUCCCUGUACCACCAGGCAGCCUAAGGAGGGGGAGGUACCAGGGGUGGACUACAACUUUGUGAGCGUGGAGCGUUUUAUGGAACUGGAGCAAAGUGGAGCCCUGCUAGAAAGCGGAACUUAUGAAGACAACUUCUACGGUACGCCCAAACCUCCAGCUGAGCCCUCCCCGGCAGCCCCCCCUCUGAAUGUGAGUGAGGCCCUGCUUCCCGGAGCCCGGCCCAGCGCCCAGGGCAAGAGAAAGAGAAACCAGUCAGUUAGCAAUAUGGAGCAGCGAGCCAGCCUGGAGCCGCCUGAGGAGGAAGAGGAAGAGAUCCCGGUCGUCAAUGGCAAUGGGGUGGCUAUUACACCAGAGUCCAGUGAACACGAGGACAAGAGCACAGAUGCCUCUGGGGAGGUUGCAGUGGAAGGGUCCAGCCAGACUCCAGCCUCUGCCGAGCCUCCAACUGACGGGGAGGAGGCCCCAAAAUCUCCCUCCAAAUCCCCCACCAAAGUCCCCGACGCGGACGAGGAAGAGCUGGGUCCUCUGCCCGACAACUGGGAGAUGGCCUACACGGAGAAGGGAGAAGUUUAUUUUAUAGAUCACAACACCAAAACUACGUCAUGGCUCGAUCCUCGGCUAGCAAAGAAAGCAAAGCCGCCGGAGGAAUGCAGAGAAGACGAGCUGCCCUACGGCUGGGAAAAGAUCGAUGACCCCAUCUACGGCAGCUACUACGUAGAUCACAUCAAUCGAAGGACUCAGUUCGAGAAUCCUGUCCUGGAAGCAAAGCGACGCCUGGAGCAACAGAGACAGAUGCAGAGCCAGGGACUCUCUGCUCUACCUUUACCCACAAUAUACAGAGAGAAGCCGCUGUUUACGAGGGACCCGACUCAGCUGAAGGGCACCUUCCUGUCGACAGCCCUGCAAAAGAGCAACAUGGGAUUUGGCUUUACAAUUAUAGGAGGCGAUGAGCCCGAUGAGUUCCUGCAAGUGAAGAGUGUAAUACCAGACGGACCUGCUGCUCAGGACGGGAAAAUGGACACAGGGGAUGUCAUCGUCUACAUUAACGACAUCUGUGUGCUCGGCACCACACAUGCCGAUGUCGUCAAGCUUUUCCAGUCCGUACCAAUCGGUCAGAGUGUGACCCUUGUGCUCUGUCGAGGAUAUCCUCUGCCUUUUGACCCGGAAGAUCCGAGUGGCGCAGCAAGUGCAUCUCUGACUCCCAUAGGUCUGGAGCACCGUCCAUUGGUGGUGAAUGGGCGCGGCAGCUACGACCCGUACCUGGAGUACCUGUCGUUGAGCUCCCAGCUUCCCCCCCAGGCUCUAGCUCAGGCCGGAGCUUCUCAUCCUGGCGACACACAUCUGGAUGGCUCAUCCUUGCCGCCCACCACACCUGGCUCGGCCUCGGCACUCACGCCUCACAACGAUAACGUGUCGAUAGGUUCUUCAGGGACUGCAGGUGUUGCCGGGGCAACAGCACAAAUGGCAGAGCUGCUAACAGUUACUAUGGUGAAAGGCGCAGAGGGAUUUGGAUUCACUAUUGCCGACAGUCCCACCGGCCAGCGCGUUAAACAGGUGCUAGAGCCCGGCUCUCAGGGGGCGUCAGGGCUGAUAGAGGGAGACCUGAUCCUGGAGGUGAACCAGCAGCCUGUUGCUGCAGCUGGACAUGGACGGGUGGUGGAGUUGCUCAAAGAGUGUCCCGUGGGAGCAGAGGCGACACUCCUAAUACAGAGAGGAGGAACAGGCCAUAUUUCUCCAUGGAAAGCUUCAAAACAGCUAACGGAGCAGUGGGACCCGCAUGGCAGCCCCCAGGCAAACCUGUCCGGCCCCGUCUUGGCUGGCACGCCCUUCCCAAACCAGCCCCAACACCGCACGUCUGUGCCCGACUCCACUGAAGGCUUUGACCUCAACAGACCGGACCCUUACGACCUUUAUGAGAAGUCCAGAGCUAUUUACGAGAGCAGACGUCCAGAGUAUGAAGAGGUUGAGGUGCACCUACUGAGGGAGAAGACAGGGUUCGGCUUUCGCAUCCUGGGGGGAGACGAGGCCGUGCAGGCUGUGAGUCCGGACGCCCGUGACAAGAUUGUUAUUGGCGCUAUAAUAGAGAACACUCCCGCUGAGCGUGACGGAAGGCUUCGACCUGGGGAUGAGCUCAUUUCUGUGGAUAAAAAUGUGGUUGCUGGAAAACCGCACAAAUACGUAAUAGACUUGAUGCACGCCGCUGCUCGCAACGGUCAAGUCAGCCUGACUGUAAGAAGGAGAGUGCUGAUGCCUGGCGAGCCUUGCCCAGUGAACGGACGCAGCCCGGGAUCAGUGUCGACGCAGCACAGCUCUCCGCGGAGUGAUGCUGCCUCGGGUUCAGGCCCUGCAGCCGCCGCUGUCCCCGUCGUCACAUCGCCCGCAGAGGGAUCUGCUCUGCAAACCAGCGAUGUGGUCAUUCACCGCAAGGAGAACGAGGGCUUCGGUUUUGUGAUCAUCAGCUCUCUGAAUCGGCCAGAGAACACCACAGUCAUCACUGUGCCCCAUAAAAUUGGACGCAUCAUUGAAGGAAGCCCCGCGGACAGAUGUGGGAAGCUGAAGGUGGGCGACCGGAUCCUGGCUGUAAACGGACAGUCCAUCAUCAGCAUGCCACACGCAGAUAUUGUCAAGCUUAUUAAAGACGCCGGACUAACAGUCACACUGCACAUCAUACCAGAGGAGGGUAAGGGUUCCCAUUCUGGACCCAGCUCAGAGAAGCAGAGCCCCAUGACCCAGAAACACAGCCCUCAGACCCAGCCCAGCUCUGUAGCCCAGCCAAACCAAGGAGUCACCCAGUCAGGCCAAAUGGCUCCUCAGCCAGGCCAAACGGCCACUCAGCCAGGUCAAGCACCUGCCCAACCUGGCCAGACACCAGUUCAGACAAACCAAACAGUGACUGCUCCUGCUGCAGCAGCAGCCGCCCAGCCUGCACCGGCCGGCACCCAGCAGAGCCCGGUCGCGCAGCCGUCUGGACUCCCACCACAGCUCUACCUCCACGACGGCAGGAGCCCGGUUAUCAGACCCUGUUCCGUGUCAAACUAUGAAAGUGUGAGUUCAUGCUUUGAUAGGUCAGAGGUUAAAGCAAGACAGGAUGUCAAACCUGACUUCCGCCAUCCUCCUUUCACCGACUAUAGGCAACCUCCUGUGGAUUAUCGCCACCCACCAGUGACUGAUUACCGCCAACCCCCGACGCUGGACUACCGACACCCUCCUGGCUUGCUGGACUUCAGACAGCACCCCGCCGCCGCACAGUUUCCUCUGGGCAUCCCUGCUGACUUCCGACCACAGGACUAUGAUUACUUCACUGUGGAACUGGAGAAGAGUACAAAGGGGUUUGGAUUCAGUAUCCGUGGGGGUAGAGAGUAUAGCAUGGACCUUUUUGUGCUGCGUCUUGCGGAGGACGGUCCCGCCAUACGAAAUGGAAGGAUGAGGGUAGGGGAUCAGAUCAUAGAGAUUAAUGGAGACAGCACUCGAGACAUGACUCACGCCCGCGCCAUUGAACUCAUCAAGGCGGGAGGCAGGAGAGUCAGGCUGCUGCUGAAGAGAGGCUCAGGACAGGUGCCAGAAUAUGACUGUGCAGGCCCCUGGGAUUCCCUUUCUACAGCCCACUCUGCCCUGCAGGAAGUAACCCUGGAGUCUCACCUGAAUCCAUCGCUCUCAUCCCAUCCAGUGUCAGCCCCAGACUCCCCUCAUCAGCACCCUCUAGAGGCCACAAUGUGCAUGACAGACACAGCUCCACUGGUGACAGACCACAGCUCCAUUAGAGGGGCUACAGGUGGCAGGUCCACCGAGCACAAAUGUAUCAUCAGAGGUCAGGGAACCCUUCAGGCAUCGGCAGAGGUAGACUGUGGACCUGGCGAAGGGCAGCCCCGGGCUUUAAAUCCCAAAGCUGGUGUUGGAAGACCCAUGGAGAGAAGAGAGAGGCAGAGGGAGACUUGCUCCCCCUACUUUGAAAGGAAGAGUCUACAAACACAGACAGUAGGCUCCGUUUGGCCCUGGGUUCCAUAUGUCAGUGUGAAUUUGAACGGAGCCUCCCUGAGCAGUGGAGAUGGACAUGUCAGCCUCCAGGAGAAGCUGGUGUCCAGAGGUCUGUUCUCCAGAGAAGACGGGAGGGCCGAUGGCCACAGUGGGCUCUGCUGUCCCUCUAAAACAACUGAAGUUCCUCCAGCAAGGAGCACGGCCGCCUCCCCAGGGCUCUGGAGCAUGCCCGGCUCCGACAAACUGCCCGGCACCCUGAGGUCCUGGACCUCCACAGUGAGCAGAUAGAACGGGAUCCUUCUGGUGUAGGUCGGAUCACAAAUGCAUGGCUCCAUUUUCAGCUCAUCAUCAGAAAAGUAUUUUGUAUGGCCCUCUCUGUCCUGUUUUCUUCAUCUCCUUAUGAACUCUUAUCUCAUGUUUUAUUUGCUCUUACAAGAUUAUGAUUACACCCACCACCUUAAAGAACAGAGAAACUUUCAAAAGUAUAAAACCCGAUGGAGAUCGUCACACGUGAACAGCGAUGUUCUUAUCACAGAUGGAGCAACAACAUUUGGUUCAGAGUGGAGAUGCGCACCUUUACCUGUUCAGCGGAGCAGGGCUUUUGCCCGGAUACUGCAGCGUGGCCUGACAUGCAACAAAAAUGGAAGACGUAUAUAUACAAGAGGUUUACUUUUGCAUCCAUUUCUCAGUGGAGUUGGAAGAUUAAGUCUGUUGAUCUGUUAAAUGGAGGAAGUGACGCUGAAAACGGACUCGAGUGACAACCCGGACAACACGAUAUAUGUUACAUGCCUACCAAUAUGAUAUACUGUAAAUGUAAAGAUGUGAAAAAUAUCUUCAUUUGGUAAACUCAGAAACAGACCUGUUGGUGUUUUUGAAGCAGUGUUGUAGUUAGAAAACAUUGUAUAAAAUUAAAAGAGAGAGUGAGAGAGAGAGAGAGAAAUAAUCAAGGCCAGUAUUUUAGAAUCACUUUCAAUGGCCUCGUCUAUAACUACAUAUCAAAGACUGCGCCAGUCACCGAACCCAGAGCGCGGAGGGAGACGGUGUUUGUGUGCAUGGCUAUGACACACCAUGUCAUUAGACAGUGACUCACCAAUCUUUUAAAAGGAAGAACAUAGAUAUCUGUGGAGCAAACAGGCUGGUAUUCACGUAAGACAAAAGUGAUUUUUCUUUUCAUCACUUUUGAAUGAAUGACUGAAAACAGCUGACUUAGUAAGAACUCAUUUUACUCCUCUGACUUAUGUACACAACCUUGAUCACAACCAUGCAGUCAUUGUGCAGAGUUAUAAUCUGUGUUGUAUUCAUUUAACACUCAAAAGGAAAACUUCUGUCCAGUCUCCCGUUUCUAUGCCUUUUACUGUGCUAAGUGUACCACAUCACUGUGGGAGCGGAGAAGAGGAGGCCGAUGGCUACGAGGUGGGGCGGAGUGCCUUACUCAAACUAAAGCAGAGCCGUUGCUCUUCUGAAUUGUUGUGGGAACUUGGUGUUCGCCCACGUCAGAAAAACUGCUGAGUUGUAGAGCCUGUUUUUUUCCUCAGAUCUUACGCCAAGCGUGAUAUAUACCUUGAUGGACUCUUCCGUAAAGCUCAUCGGUGUCAGUGAUUGAUCUUGUCUCCAAGUGGUUUUGAAGGGGGAAAACAGUAGCCUGUAGCAUCACAUCCUCUGUAGAGGUGUUUAUAAGACAAGGUUUUAUCGCAGCGGAGCACUGUUUUUGCCUUUUAAGCUUCGUCUUGUUCGCAAGAUGACGAGUUUGCAUUGUUUGCAGGCAGAACCAGUGCUCACUGCACUAGAAUCCAAGAGUUUAGAUGACCCAUGCAUCACAAAAGCAUUUAAACUUUUGUUUAAUCACUAGACCUUGUGUGUGGCAGAGAUUUGAGACAUGCUGCUAUUUAACAGCAGUACUCAAGAUGAAACCACUCUCCAUUUGGAUGUCAUCCACCUCUCUCAGCAAGUAGUUUUUGCUCUGUAUUCCAAAUGGAUCACAAGAGCUCUGUAGUUGUGGAGGACCGGCGAUGCAUUGAGACAAUUUGAAUGCAGUAUGACGACACAUCUACACUGCACUCGUAAAUUGCUGGUAAUGCAAGCCAAUGCACCUCUGAACUGGGACACUAGGAAGACCUUGUGCACCAUCCGUCACACCAGAACUGAUCUUGAUCUGCAGCAGAAAUGUAUUUUUCUGGAUGUUUCUACGCUGAAAGAGGUGCGGCUUAUGUGAAAAGCCUGUUAAAAUGUUGGCAAGGACCAUGACGACAUGCCAUUAGGCUGUAGAAAUGUGUCUACUGUUGACAGCAGAUGUCACAGAGUAUGGAAAAGCAGAGAGAAGACGUCAUCCAACCCUCCGUCAAGGCCGUCCCCCUGCUUGCCGUGACUGGUUUUGUACACAGAAAACAAAAAAAACGAAGAAACUGCUCAUUGGAACCUGUGAAGGAUGGCACGUUCAUAAAUCCCCAUUAAGAUCAAGUAUAACUGUGUAGUGUUAAUUGUGUACUAUCACCCUGUACAGCUGUAUUCCUACAAAUAUGGUUUACUGUAUCAUUGAUACUGUAGUUUCAAAGACGUGAACAACUAUUUUUAUGAAAUGCAACAGUACUGAUAUAUUACAUUUUGCUAAAAAACAAAAAACUUGUUUACUGAAAGAUAUUCUGAAAUACUGUCAAAUAAACUCUUGACAUGGUGUAAAAACUCUAGAGAUUUUUAGUUAAACUGAGGACCAGAGUUCAAACGAUGUAAAUUUAUUGAUCAAUGUGCAAAUGUUCUGAUAACAGAUUCAUUUUUCAAUGUUUACAAGACAGAAGGCAAAUAUUUUCAGGUUUUAUCUUCUUAAAUGUGCUUUUACAUGUAUGAUUUAUAAAUUGUAUUAUGGGGGGGGAUUUGAAUAGUUUGAAGAGAAAAAAAAGUAAAACCAACAUUUUGGGCUCCGCAGUUCUGCACGAAUGUUACAGUCAAGUGUUUAACCAAAAAUAUAUAAAUAAAUCAAUGCAGCCGUAGCUCAGACUAUGCUAGUUUGCGCUGGACACAGAGCACCAAUGUCAAGUUGAAGGCGGAUUAUAAUUCACAUAUCAUAUACACAAGGAAGCAAAUCUUGAUACCCCACACCGUUUUCCUUUAAAAGACCAUUCAUACCCACAGAGGUUUAUCAUUUACUGAAACUUAAACAUUUUUUACAAUGAAAGUUUCUGGAGGUCUUCAAAAUAUGAAAGAAAGAAAUAUAAAAACGUGAAGAUGAAUUAUAAAAGGCAACCUCAAGCAGGUAAACAGUCGACUGCUGUAGUUCCAACGAACCACGUUCAAGACUAAUGAUAUUUAUUUAAUCAUUGCAGCUUUCCAGUGACAGAAACAGAUAAUUAGUGGAGGUAUUGAUUACAACCCUUCACACGUGGAUGAAUAGUCACAUCCCAAUAUUUAACCCACACAAAAAAAAAAAAAAAAAAAACA